AUGUCGCCAACUCUCCCUGGCGGAGGCAAGACGUUAGUCUAUUCAACCGUAGAUGGACAUGAGAUUAAGCUAGACUAUUACUUGCCCCCUAGAGAAGAAGGAUGUCUACCAGCUGUGAUCUAUUACCACGGCGGUGGAAUGACAGCUGGCUCGCGGCGGGGUAUGGGUUUCCCACACUGGUUAUAUGGCGACUGCCAAGCAAAAGGCUACAUCUUCAUUGCAGCCGAUUACCGACUCUGCCACCCAUGCACCGCCCUCGAUCAGAUCGAGGAUGCAAAAGCUCUUUUCAGGUUCCUCGCAGGUGAGAGCUUCCAAAUGGCGCUACCAAAGCUCGUCUCGCUCGACACAAGUCGGAUAGCCGUGACUGGCUUCUCCGCCGGCGCCUAUUCCGCCCGUGCGGCGUGUGUGUACGCCACUCCGAAGCCAACAGUUCUUCUGACGGGCUAUGGAUCGGCGGGCGACUGGCUGUUGGAUCACUGGACGACUGGCCGGCCACCCACGUCUAUCGCCAAGUUCGUUGAUCUCCACGAGGUCCCCAGGUUACUUGCGGACAAGACAGUUGUGAGCGAGGAUUCGCCAGAGAGGGGCUUCAUGUCUAACCGCUUUGCUCUGACCGUCCGGUGGGAACUGGACGGUACGUUCCUCGAUGGCUGCCUCGGCCGCCCUGGCCUGGGUGCAGAGCUGAAUAAGCUGGACUAUGCACAGCGAGCUGCAGCGAUUCCGGAGGACUUGAAACCGGCGUUUCUCCAGUUGUUUGUGACGGAAAACUACCCUCCAUCCGUGUUGGUGCAUGGAACUGCCGAUGAGGUCGUCCCGGAUCAGGAGAGCAAGCAUCACCAUGAGCAGUUAAAGCAACUUGGAGUCAAGACCGAACUACUGCUUGUAGAGAAUGGACCGCACGGCUUGGUGGACUUUCAAUCGGGAAUGCCGCCGGGUCCCGCGAAGGGGUCAGUGCAGGCAUAUGACAGAGCUGUGGAGUUUGUUGCGGAGGUGUUUGAUGCUGUCCAAUAA